UUUAGAUCGGGUAACAAACAGCUGUAGAGAAGCAGUAGAGUAACGAUUUUUAAAUGCCGGAGAUAACUCUUGCCAGUUUUUAUUGCACGCACUUGACAUUUUUCGCUCCCUUGGCUGAAAUUAUUUGUUUUCUGUUGAUUUUAACAUUGAGCUGAAAAUGAAAACUGAUCUUUCGGUCAUGGUCAUGAUAAUCACUUACACGCUGCUCAAAAUAGCUAGACGAUUAUUUUACCAAUGGUUAUCUUAGAAAUACUUCGUUAUGAAAAUUACUUGAAAAGCAAACACGAAAUGUUGACAACAAACGAACAAGCCUAAACUAAUCAGAUCGAUCAAGUUGCCAAGACAGAAAUGGCACCUUGAGGAAAAAAUUAAAUCAUCAAUUAGCUCGCAUGGCUUGUCCGGCAGCAAUACUGAACGACAAAAUUAAAGUUGAUUCGAAGUUGCCCGUCGUAAUUCCAUGCUGGCUUGGGCUCGAGGAAGACUGGUGCUAUGAUUCAAUUCCAAACAAGUAGCUUUCGAACUGUUUUUUCAGUUCCGACUCAAAAAUUUAAGAAUUACUUUCGAAAGUUUUACAAUCGUGGAGUAAUAGCUAGUUAUUUAUUCAGCUUCACUUUCCAAAGAGUGAAUUAAUCAACGUGGGUCGAUCCAUAUAAGGCUCGUUAACAGCAAGUGAAACAGCAUAUACUGAAGGUGGCUUGUCAGUUUUAAUACUUCCUCAAACUCGAAGACAAAGAUGUUUCGACAUGUUCUUCUUGGUUUCAUUGUCUUCCUUUCUCAACUGACCGUGGCCGUAGCCCACUUGUGUAGCGCUAACAGCUGCGCGGACUGCGUCAGCUCGCGUUUCAUUCAGUGUAGGUGGUGCAAGAGGGAUAACAAGUGCCAUACACCAGGCGCUGAUGCCGCGAGUCCUUGCAGCAAAGGAGAAAAUGUUGCUGAGCCCUCUGACUGCGAGGACGGAGUGCCCCAUUACGAUUCUGAGGUAUCGAUGAAGAUGUUGCUUCUCUCAGCGGUGGCGUACGCCCCAAGUCACAAACAGGAAUGCCUCGAAAAAGUUCUGCCAUAUGAAAAGUUCCAACUUCAGCGUGUGGCUACGCAGAAGUGUGACAUCUUCGAAAAUGAAUGCUCUGGCUAUGUUGCUGUGUCGCAUGCCCUGAAAGCUGUCGUGGUCGCGUUUCGUGGCUCUGCAAAAUAUGAGCAGGCGGUAUUCGAAUUCUUGGAAUCGUUUCUUUCCCCUGAAGUUAGCUUUCUCAAUGGUAAAGUUCAAUCCUACUGGAAGAGAGCCUUUUUUGUGUUAUGGCCGAGCAUGGAGGCGGAAGUGAAAGCUCUUGUUGUGAAGAACCCAUCUUAUCAGAUCUGGGUCACGGGACAUUCCUUAGGAGGAGCAAUAGCUUCGUUGGCGAGUACUUGGCUCGCUUAUUACGACAUAGCUCCGCGUAAAAACAUCAUCUUGUACACGUUUGGCAUGCCUCGGGUUGGUAACUACAAAUAUGCUCUGCAACACGAUCAACUGGUCAACAACAGUUGGAGAGUUGUUAAUUACAAUGACUUAGUCCCUCAUUUUCCAUUUGUAAUGGGAGUACCAAAUAAAGAACGUGGUCCGUACCAUCAUGGCGUGGAGGUUUUCUACAGUGAAGAGGCCGUCAGCGUGAAUUCUACACACAGGGAGUGUCACGGGAAACCGUAUGACGAAGAUGCCACAUGCAGUUUCUCGGAAAAGGAACUCUCUAUCCUACGACACUUGAAGUACUUUAGCAUUCACGUUGGAUCGUUCUGGAUGGAAAAAUGUGUUCAACGGCUUAGCGUAAAAGGAUCGAAAGCGAAAUAUUUAAGGGUUAAAAGGAGCGAGGCUUCGAAGGCGUUUCACGGAAAAUAACGGGUUUUUCACGUUCUAUUCAUUUACUGUCCGUUUUUCUCUAUCAUGCUAUCAUGGCAAAUUGAUAAUAAUAAUAAUCAUCAUCAUCAUCAUCAUCAUCAUCAUGAUAAAACAUUUCUAUAGAGCACACCACCAACUAGUUGUCCGGGGCGGAUCAUUUGAUUUUGAUGGGAGAGGGAGGGAGGGGGCGCGGGGUAUUCUUUUUUGGAUUUGUUCCACGCGAUCUCGCCAAAGGGACGUCCCUUUUAGCAAGACGAAGAGGUAGAUAUAAUUGUUCACAUGACAAGAUAGUGAUACUGUAAUGUAAUCAUGUUGCUUUCUAGUUGUCAAAGUGUAAACGAAAUAAAACGAUGGAGAUUCUCA